CUGUAGAUAGUGUAUUAUAACAUCCACAUGUCAUGCUUCCUUACCACAUGAAACCUACCAAAGCUUGGUGCCAACCUGACUAUGACCAGAUCAGCAGUACAAAAUAUACAAAUUAUGCUAUGAUCCACUCGUAUAAGGCUGGCACAACAAAUGCAGUGACCAUGACGAGCACGGCAUGAAAGCACCAGAACGAUUCUAUUAUUUAAUGACAUGACGUAAGUCGUUCAACUGAUGUUACCAACGCUCCCAAUAAAAACUGCGUAUUCAAGACUCGUGGAGCUUCAAGAUCAGACGCGACGAGCACAGGCCACGCCACAUUUUCUAAGCACAGGCCACGCCACGCAAUGAUGCCCCAAGCCAAGUUCUCCAAUGCAACCGACCAUGAAUGAUGUCUAUCGCGAGGUGAAGGAAGGUCCAUUCCGCGGACUCCGUAUGGAAGGCGUGUGCCAAGCAGCCGGCCGACGACGUGGCAGAGUCCAAAGCACGGUACGCUUUGUGUCUCUUGUCGGGCGCCCCUAGGGGACCCUGUCGUUCGGUUCUACGACUGAGGGGGUUCAGCAUGAGGGCGUGUCGUCUUCGUUCAUUUUGCCAUUUCAACGCGAAAAAGAGAGGUUUUUAUAUUAAAUAGGCCUUCCCUCUCUUACGCUGUUGAAGGGCUUAAGAAAGUUGACGACAUGGUGCGGGAUGGAGUCCGGGACGGUCUCCGGACUCGCCUUUGCCGUUAAUCAGACGGCUCGCACUUAACUUAAUGGGUUAACCCUCUAUGCUCUCCGGCGGCUGUCGUAGAAGAUCAGGCACUGAAGUAGAUGAUGUUACAACAAACAGCAUCGAUGGAAAGACCACCUCCCAAUGGAAGGAAGAGGGUCGGUGCGAUGGGGCAUGCUCGAGGAGGGCUGAAGAUGCACGAUCGUGGCGUGACAGACGUCUGGGGAUGGAUUCGGACGCGAGCAAGAUGUGUGCCGCAUGGAAGAGCAUCCGGGAGACCAGUGCGAACCAGAGCCAAGAACACCGCAGAGAGCCCAGCGUGACGCAGACCCCACUAUACAGAGGUUUGAACAUGAUCCCAGUUUGAACACGACAAAGACUUGGACAACAGCCGUGCCCGGCCACCUGACACGAUCCUGCCAAGGGAAGCGGUUGUGCCGUUAUCUUUUGAUCGAUCCCGAACGGCCAGACAGCCGAUGGAGAAUGCUGCAGUGUUACUUCAGGUAAGCGGCCAGACAGCCGAUGGAGAAUGCUGCAGUGUUACUUCAGUAUUCCCAAAAGAUGGGUAACACCAGAAAAAGGGAACCACUCGGCUCGAACUGCUGGAAAUGACACAGAAGUGGAAGUCCUCGUCCGGAGCCGGCAUCACCACAUCCAGGUCACAGGAUAUUCAUCACCACGACCAGGGCGUCGCUCCAACUGCUGGAAAUGACACUCUCAAGGAUGUGCAUUGUAAGUGGAGGUUGCAGAGAGUUUGCACCACCACACCCAGUCCUGGAUGGAAACAGAAUUUAUGAUCUAAUGAAAUGGAAGACCGCAAUUGUCCUGAGAUGACGAGGUUAAGUAGAAUUGUCCACAGACGUGCACGGAUAAUGAAAGUCUUGUACAUCCAGGGGACGGCAGAGGUAUCCAGGGGCUCAGUACGCAUACCAAUUCUGGAACAGACUCUCUAUCUAACUGUGUCAAGCUUUCGCUCGGACUGUGAAUAUCUCGAUAACACACGUGUUUAUAUGCAUAGACGUUUUCAUCGCGUAUCGUAUUCUUAAACGCAAACACAAUUCUUAGUUCAGAUUGAAUCGCAAACGAAGGAUUCGCGAAAGCCACGGACCAUCGCUAGACUAUUUUAUUUUCUUCACUCAGAUUGAACUGUUGAAAAUGUGGAUUAUAUUUAUGUACUUCAUUUGAACCACAAACGAAGGAUUUGGACAAGAUGCGUACCUCUAACCCCUUCAUUUGACGAGACGUGAUACCAAUCCCACAAGCACUGGAUGACGGCAUGCUUCAGGAAUCUCUUUACGACUGAUGCCAUGUGACGACGGGGGCACAUCUUGAAGCAAGAUGACACAAUGGAUGUGGAACCCUCGGCCCCUGAACGAUUGUCGCUAUGGGAGUCAUAAGCAACAGACUUUCUCUGGUGUAGUAUUGUACAUUCGCUACAUGUAGGCCUCUGCAGAAGGAUACGUUGUAUUUUAUCGAAAUAUCUGAUUGAAAGGUGGUUUCAUUGCAAAUCUCAAUAUCAUCCGAUGGUAAAAAGCCUACUUCCAUUUUUGUGGCUGUGACAAAAUGUCUGAACACAUUUGGAACGUCUUUAAAAGACUUUCCAUCAGUCAUCGUCAGUCACUCCUCCUAGAUGAUUGUUGAUUAAGAACCAGAACCAGAUCCAAAUAAGUCAAGGUUCUGAUGUACCAGGUCAAAAUUUACUAUCGAGCUGUUAAAAGUUACUUCAUUUUUCUCCGAAAUCACCAAAUUGAUCAGAUAUUUCAAUUUUCCCAUCGAAUAAGACAUGGGGUCCACGUGAUUCUGGUUGGUUCGACCCCAGCCAACCAGAACAUGUGUUGUCUUUGAUGGAACCGUAGGCCUUAUGAACUUUCUCGAUCCAUUCAGUACCACGAAUACCUGAAUACACGAAUGCGUUUAUUCCAAUCAGCUUCCGAUACCUGAUAGUGCCGGUCUCCAUUUGGGACAGAUAUGAAAUUGACAAACUCUAGCCUCCAUUUUAUACAAGUAUUUUAAAUUUCCUUAAACACGGUAAUUAUCCGGGUGCCUUUCAUUCUUGGUUUCAUCAAUGAUAUGAUAACAAAGGUUAUCCCCAAGACCAAAACAAAUGCAAAAGAAUCGGGCAAAUUCAUUUCCAAAUUUUGAGAUUUCGUUGAAAUAUUUUGUUGAUUGAAAUUUUUCCAAAAUAUUCCAAAUUGAUGUUGGUUCCUGACCCUGCGGUCAAGUGGAAGAGGAGCUCAGUCUUUUCAUGAUAAUUAGUCCAGAAAGAUUCAUCUUGUUUCUUCCUGUGAGUUAUAAAGAUAACAACUGCCCCAUCAAGAAGUUUCCUGUGGUACAGAAUGGGUCAAGCAAGCUGUCGCCAACAUCAACGUCAAUGUCUGACGUUUUAUGUAUUAAUUUGUUAUGUUUGUAUAAUGAUACAAUAUCUGAAAUUUACAUAUAUAGCCAUAAUACAUGUAAAGGUGAAUUCAAAAAGUUACUUCUAUUGUUAAACUCGUCCAAAGCAACCGCUUUUGUCAUGCAAAUGAGAAGACUGAUCUGAACGCCUGAUCUAGAGGGAUUCUUUUGUCAUGCAAAUGAGAUCACAGCACGGUCCUGUUGAACAUGACGAAAUUGGUUCUUUUGUUAUUUAAAUAACCCACUAACCGAUGUCGUGCUGUUUCGGAUCAAUGAGGUCAAGGUUCGUGACCUGAAUACACCACAGUAGUUCACCUUGCUUGCAUUUACAAUGGUUGUCGCUGCAUGCGACUCAAUUUAUGUUUUUCCUGAUCAGAAACUAUGUAGAUAUUCUAGUGGAAAAUGGUUUCCCAAACAAAAUGCACAGUCCGGUUGAAAACAUCUUAUGUUUAUGUUCAAGACGGCAUGCAUAACAAUGUGUCCCAAAAGUGUUACAUGUAUCAAUGGCUCUUUGCAUUAUUUUAGAAAUUUUGAAUUUCACAAAUUUUGAAUUUCACACUAUUUAUUGA